UUAUCUUCAUGCCAGGGACAACCCAGAUGAAGGCCAAGGACAUUCUCUACCGACUAAAGGAGUCUAAUGCCCAGAGCAUCGUGACCACAGAUGCCCUUGCCCCGGAGGUGGACUCUGUGGCUUCUGAGUGUCCCGCUCUGAAAACCAAGCUCCUGGUGUCUGACCACAGCCGGGAGGGGUGGCUGGACUUCCGAUCUCUGAUUCAAUCAGCAUCCCCAGAUCACACCUGUAUUAAGUCAAAGACCACGGACCCAAUGGUCAUCUUCUUUACCAGUGGCACCACCGGCUUCCCCAAGAUGGCAAAACACAGCCAUGGACUUUCCUUGCGACACUCCUUCCCUUCAUGCAGGGAAGUACUGCAGCUGAAGGCCUCUGAUGUCCUGUGGUGCCUGUCAGAUCCAGGCUGGAUUGUGGCUACCUUGGAGACCAUGUUUGAACCAUGGACAGCAGGGUCUACAGUCUUCAUCCACCAUCUGCCCCAGUUUGACCCUAAGGUCAUUGUGGAGACACUCUUUAAAUACCCCAUCACCCAGUACCUUACUCUGCCCUCCGUAUUUCAAAUGAUUCUGCAGGAGAAUUUUAGCAGCCUCAGGUUCCCCACUCUGGAGCAUUGCUCUACUGGCGGGGAGGCCAUGCUGCCCGAAGAGCAAGAGAAGUGGAGACAACGGACAGGCCUUCUGGUCCACCAGCUCUAUGGACAGUCGGAAACGGGAUUGACUUGCGGCACUCCCCGGGGAUCACAGGUCAAGCCCGGCUCCAUGGGGAAAGCCAUCCCACCUUUCGACAUCCAGGUCAUCGACGACAAGGGCAACAUCCUGCCGCCCAACACUGAGGGCAACCUUGGCAUCAGGAUCAAGCCCACCAAGCCCAUUGGCCUGUUCAUGUUGUAUGAGAAUGACCCAGUGAAGACAGCCAAAGUGGAGUGUGGGGACUUUUACAACACUGGGGACAAAGCAACUAUAGACGAAGAGGGCUACAUCUGGUUCCUGGGGAGGGACGAUGACAUCAUCAACGCCUCUGGGUACCGCAUUGGGCCGGCAGAGGUGGAGAGCGCCCUGGCUGAGCAUCCGGCGGUGGCUGAGUCAGCUGUGGUGAGCAGCCCGGACCCGAUCCGAGGGCAGGUGGUGAAGGCCUUCAUUGUCCUGACCCCACAGUUUCUGUCCCAUGACCCGGACCAGCUCGCCAAGGAGCUGCAGGAGCAUGUGAAGGCAAUGACAGCCCCGUACAAGUACCCGAGGAAG